AUGAAGCUUCUCUCAGGGUGUCUGCUGCUCGGAGUCUCUACUGUUCUGCUGGCAGGAGGGACUGUUUCUGAAGUGUCUCUGAUCAUCAGACCAGACCUUCAGCAGUUCUUCAGUGGACAGUCAGUGUCUCUGAGUUGUGAGGACGGACAGACAGCUGAUGGGUGGACAGUUAAGAGGACCAAAGGAACACUCACUGAAACCUGUGGAGCGUCUGGAUCCGACUUUGGGGUGUUUAAGGACUCCUCCUGCGUCCUUGACCUUUUGUCUUCUUACACUGGAGUUUACUGGUGUGAAACCAGUGCAGGACAGAGCAGCGACCACAUCAACAUCACUGUUACCCAGAAAGAAAACACGACUUUAAUUCUGGAGAUCCCCGCUCUUCCUGUGGUGAAAGGAAGUAACGUCACUCUGCAUUGUCGUCACAAAGAUGGCUCCUCCCGCGCAGCUUAUUUCUACAGGAACAGUCAUAUUAUUGAAGAUGGAGUCAAAUCUCAGAAGGCCAUUAUCCACAGAGUCCAACAGUCCGACGAAGGUUCCUACUGGUGUUCCACUGACACUUCUGGAUCAUCACGUCAUAGCUAUAUGAGAGUCAGAGAUCCUGCUGUCCCUCAGCCAUCUUCCUACCCCAUGACAGCUUCCACUUCUUCAGCUGAUGAUGCUAAUCAUACAGCAAGUUCUCCUUCUCCUCCUGUGUCAUUGGUGCACCUCCUGCGCCACCUGCUGGUCAUCUGCCCGUACUGCGUGUGCAGCAUCCUGCUGGCGUCAAUCUGCUGCAGCAGGGGCUCCGGAAACCAAGCUGUGGUCUCCACAGAAACCACCCAGCCUGGUGAACUGGGUGAUGUUGCUGUCGAUGUCACUACAGAGCAUGAGUUCUGAUGGAGAGUGAGCAGCAGGUUUUGGGGCGGCAUGUCCGGCUGCUUCGCCACAAACAGGAAACCUGGACCAGAACCCAACCAAUCAGAGGAGCUUUUGGAAAGAAGUUUUGCUUCCUGCUCAGCUUCUUCUGAGUGAAAUAAAACCUACUGGCACUUUGGGCCACCAGCAGCACCAAACUGCUCUGUAUUUUCAGCUUGACCUCUUCUACAUGUUUGAACUGGGUCCAUUUUAUUUACACUGAGAUUUGGUUUCUAUAUGUCUAUUUUUAAAUUUGACCCAUUUGUCGACUAAUCAAUAAUUAGGUUAAAAUUAGCUAAAUUCUUUUAACUAAUGGCGUCUUGUUAGAUCUUCCCUUAGUGUUGUAGUUUGGGGGCCAUCCAGCAGAGGGCCACAUUGGCAAUCCUCAAUCGGAACAAGAACUAAGAUGGCGGCAUGAAUAUGAAGAUGUGACGAUGACAGAAGAGCGGAGGGCAAUGUCCCCGUUUUGUCAUUAACACAAAAAAUCUAAUAUUUUAUAUGCUGUUUUUUUUUUUUUUUUAAAUCGGCAUGAGAAAUGUUUGGCCCUUCAUAUUAUGGAACGAUGGUUGGCCCUUUUGGUCCAAUAUAUAUAUAUUUAUUUUUAAGAAAGCGACCACUCCUCAAUUAAUCACUAGUCGAUGGAUUGAAGCAAUUACCUUAAAAUAAACUCAUUAAUCAAUAACUCGCGUCCCUAAUGAUUAGGUUUAGCUGGAGACCAGUUUGAGAUGGUAGGAGAUGGUCUCUUUCAUUAUUAUUUCAAUGUUUGAAUUUUUGAAUGUGUCUAUGAUAUUUCAUUACCUUAUAAAUUUCUAUAUUUGUUAUUAUUGCUUCCCGCAAUAAGAGAAAAUUAGGAUGAUAAUUAAAUGGAAUCACUUAAUCUGCA